AUGCGUCGCUUCACGUCCUGCAUCGCAGCCUUUGCGGCCGUGCCGGCGGCUGAGCAGAUUCGCCAUUUUCACUUCCCCAUUUCGCCCCCGCCGCUGGAGAUCGACUACCUUGAUAGCGACCCGCUCGAGUUUGCCGUGCGCACGGAGGCGCGCAAGUGGGGCUUCGAUGACUUGCAGUACAUGCGUGAGCUCGCGUUUGUGCGCAUCAAGAAUAACCCGUCGAUCGGCGACUUCCGCAAGAUGGCGCCGGAGGAACGCCGCGACCUCUUCUGGGGUAGCGACCGUCAGGACUUCUUUCGCCACAUCACCUUAAAGCUGACGGGCCACCCCGAGCACCUGUAUCACCGCGGCUGGUAA